AAAAUCCCUUUUUUCGGCUGGUCAUUGAAAGUUGAAACAGCGUCUUCAUUCGCAGCUCAAAAGAUCGCUUUAGCAAGUAAUGAAGUGGCUUGCUUACAGUUGAUACAAAAUAAAUAUUUACUUGAAAAUGGAGCCAAAGCUGCCUCCACCAAGGUUAAUAUCUGCCAUUGCUAGUACAGACAACCAUGACAGUUUAAAUAAAGUUUGGGAAAUCGGUGUUCCGGGGAAGAAAUCCUUGUAUUGGUCUAUAUUGGUAGCAUAUCUAACAACGCCUAAUAUUCCAACAGGCAUGGAAUUGAAAGAACGGUUAAGAAAGAUAGUUGGAGAUCAACCAGAGCGUAAAAAAGAAAGAAGUCCAGAAGAAGAAAGUAAACUCAUAAGACGGAAAGAAGAGAGAAAAUUUAUUAGUCUGAAAGACAUUGAUGCAGUUUCUUUAAGAAGACGAUUAAAAAACUUUAAUUCUUUCAAAAACAGGCAUGUCUUUUAUUUUGAUAAACUAAUGAAGGACAUUCUCAUGGUAUUCAAAUUUCGACUCAAUAAAUAUUCCUGCACAGCAGACCCAAAUUUAUCAAAAGAUCGUCAAAAACUGGAAAAAGCAUCGCAAAUGCUUUCAUGUUCCAUCGGAGUGCUCUACUUUCAAAAUGGCGCUGAACGCUAUGAAUCUUUUCCAAAGACAAAGUUAAACGCUUCUGAACUUCAAAUCUUUCUGUUGGCGCAUUUAGAUGAGGACGUAGGUUUCCGAUUCGGCAUGGAUGUUACGUUAGCGAAUCCAUUGCGAAAAGAAGCAUUAGCUUUUAUUUUGGACAAAGCCAAGAUCGUACUCGAGAAAGACAAGCAAAAUGAGUUAAGUGAACGAGAUGAAAUAUUUCUCAUUAGUGCUCUAAAACAAAUGGAACCCAAUAACAUUUGUGAAAUAUACGAAUCACCGUAUAUAACAAUGAAGAUUUCAGAAGCAGGUUUUGAAACAAACCCUCUAGCAAAAGAUUUGAAAGGACUGUCGGCUUUUGCCCACGCCGUGAGCACAGCCGAUGCAAAACUUUGUGGCGCUCUCUAUGAUUCUGCCGUAAAUUCUCAUUGGUUAUCUGGAUGCUCUACUAGGAAUCCGAAUGAAAGUGUCGUAGAUGGUCUGCAAUUGUUUAAACAGCAAAUAGAAAACGAUAAAGAAAUAACAAAAAAGAAAGAGACUUUAAAAGAAAUUUGUGAGACCAAUCAGUCAGAAGCAAAAAAUAUAGUCAGCUCAGCAAAUGACCCCAUCUCUGAUCUUGAACUGGUGCUGUCAGGGAAAAGGCUUAAAAAGAAAAGAUUUGCAGAAAUGUGCAAAGAAUUGGAACUUCAAAACGAGACUGCAUGUUUAUUAAAGGAUUUUGUCUCUGGAACGAAUAAACACAAAAGACAUGAUAAUCUCUUAUCAGUUAUCAUAGAACGUAUCCAGUUACUGAAGAAAAUACUUAUUGAUGACUCUUCAGAAAUUUCCAAUAUGUGGAUCAAAGGAAAAAAUAAAAGUACCAAGCAACACGCGGUAUAUAAAAUUUUGAGGAGGUACAUACAGAUUCCUGAGGUUCGAAUAUCUUCAGAGAUUCUUCUUCAAGACUGUAUGACUAUUCUUGGAAAUGAAGAAGAAAAUGCUAGGGAACUGUGGAACAAAUCUGAUAACUUAUAUUGUGGUUAUAACUUGCGCUUAGCUUUGGCCCAUGGCAAUCCUAUAUUAGAAAGCAUUGGAAGCUUUUUAGACUGCGAGGAUUUACCAUCUAAUUACAUAAAUAAAAUUCUUCAGUUAAUCGAAGACGAGCCAUUGUUAAGAGAAAUUGAAGAGCUUUGUCAUUCGAUUGGAAUUACUGAUUUCUCCAAAUUUCAUGAAGCUAUAAAUAAAGAUGAUGACAACUUUUUGAAACUUCAGUCACUAGUUGAAAGUUGUAAGAGUUACUAUUCUAAAAUACUUCCUAAUAUUGCAGUGAAUAAGUAACAAUUGUAGCUCAAAGUUAUGUGUGGACAAGGACAUAUCGAUAUUGAUCCUAAGAGAUUCAAUUUGUUUAUAAAAUUGCAACUGAAAUGUUUGACUGAAGGGUCAUUCCACGAAAAAGUCAAACGCUUGUCCCACACGUAACGAUCCAUACAUUUCAUUAAGAAGUAAUGAUUUUAAAGGGUAAUGACGAAAUUUUUUGCUUAAGACAGCGAACAUAAGUUUGUUAAGCAGAAAAAAAUGAUUCUUCAUUAAUAUUUUAAAAUAUUAUUUUUCAUGACUAUGAGAUGUCACG